AUGCAGACGCCUUGGAGUUACGCUGAUCCUUUACAGGAACAGGAUGUUGUUGAGAGGUUCAAAUGGAGACAAGGCGUUCUGUUUGGAGCUGCCACAUCCUAUGUACCUCUAGAGAAGCUGUGUGAAGGAUCCUGUGCGACUGUGUACAAGGGGAUCAGCAGGAUCAAUGGCCAGUUGGUGGCAUUGAAAGUGAUCAGUCUGGAGACAGAGGAGGGAGUGCCCUUUACAGCCAUUCGGGAAGCUUCUCUUCUCAAGUGUUUGAAACAUGCCAACAUUGUACUGCUUCAUGACAUUAUCCAGACCAAGGAGACACUAACAUUUGUCUUUGAGUACAUGCACACAGAUCUAGCACAGUACAUGGGCCAGCAUCCUGGAGGACUUCAUUCAUGCAAUGUUAUGCUUUUCAUGUUCCAGCUUUUGCGUGGCCUGGCUUACAUCCACCAUCAACACAUUCUUCACCGUGAUCUGAAACCCCAGAACUUGCUCAUCAGUUGCCUUGGUGAGCUCAAAUUAGCUGACUUUGGCCUUGCUUGUGCCAAGUCCAUCCCCAGACAAACAUACUCCUCUGAAGUGGUGACACUCUGGUACCGUCCUCCUGAUGUGCUGCUUGGAGCUACAGAUUAUUCUUCUGAUCUAGAUAUCUGGAGUGCAGGAUGUAUAUUUGCUGAAAUGAUCCAGGGCCAGCCAAUAUUUGCAGGAACUUCUGAUACUCACGAACAGCUGAUGAAGAUCUGUGCGGUAUUGGGAUUUCCAACUGAGGACACCUGGCCAGGACUUUCCAAGCUCCCCAACUAUAACCCAGAACUGGUUGCUUCUAGGAGACCUCAGAGACUCCGAGUCAUCUGUGACAGGCUGAGCAGGGUGCCAGCAGCAGAGGAUUUGGCCUCCAGGAUGCUUACAGCCUUCCCUCGAGGCCGGAUCUCUGCGCAAGAUGCACUUCUUCAUAGCUUUUUCAGCCCUCUGCCUCCUCAGAUCUAUCAGGUUCCUAGUGGACAAUCAGUGCUGACAGUUCCAGGAGUGACACUGCAACCUGAAAUCUGUGACCUGUUUGUUUCUUACCGAAAAGGCCAUCUCUCAGGAGGUUCAAGCAAGUUUUGGUAG